AUGAUUCAUAUACCAUAUAUAAUCGAUAAUAAUAAAAACAUUACACCCGUCAAUCGUUUAAUUGGUGAUAGUCAAAAUAGUCAAAAUAGUCAAAAUAGUAUUAUGCCAUUAGAAUCUUUGGAUAGUCAAAGAUUUAAUAAUUUAACGGUUAAUUCUAUAGAACAGAAUAUGUCAACCACUGGUUUUUGUUCGAUUGACUCAGCGACCGUCGCUACAAACUCUCAAUUAUUUUCACCAAAUAAAUCUUAUACUGCAACAUAUCAAACAUAUCAUAAGACUUUGGCCGAAAAUCAAGCCAUGGCUCUUGCUCAAUUGUUAGUACCCAAAGACGAAUUGUUACGUGCGGCUGUAAAUAUUUAUGGUCCACAUAAAUGGUCACUAGUAGCAACUAAUAUUCCAAAUCGAACCCCGAUGCAAUGCUCAGCUCGUUGGGUAGGGGCUCUUAACCCAUCCAUUCUCAAAGGUCGUUGGACCGCUCAAGAAGAUUCUACACUUACUGAAACUGUACAACAAUAUCUAAAUGCUAUCGACUCACAAGGUAACCCACAACCUCUCCCCUGGAAUAAGGUUUCAAAACGUAUUCCACAAAGAACCGGAGCUCAAUGUCAAGCUCGAUGGACCGAAGCAUUAGACCCAAAUAUUAAAAAGGGGAAAUGGUCUCCGUCAGAAGACGAAAUUUUAAAAGAUGGUGUUAAGAUUUAUGGUAGAUGUUGGAUUCGUAUUGCAGAAAUGAUUGAAGGCAGGACACAACAAGCAAAAAUUAAAAAUGAAUCAACAAAUAAUAACACUUCCAAUUCAACGAAUAAAAAUCAGAAUGUUGUCAUUUUAACGCCUCCAACUACAACUCCAUCGACACCAGCACAAUCAAUCAAAAACAAUUAUUCAUCUUCGCCUACUCUUAUACAAGGAGGGGUAAUGACGCCAUCUCAAAUAGGCAAUUCGUUCGCCAACAUAACUCAUUCUCAAUUCAAUACUUCACCUGAACUUUAUCAAAGCCCUGUUUUUUCAAGUCCAUCGACUCCAGCUGAGAGUCCUUGUUUCUCUAGCAAUAUUGAUAUUCCCAAUUUUUUCACAAACGGUGAUUCGACAAACUUCGAACAUUCGCAAAUAAUUUUUCAAUCUCCUCAAGCAAAUCCUUUAUGUUUUUACGGACCGAAAAGCAACCAUACGAUUAAGCUUUGGGACGGUGGUGAUGUUGGUGUUAAGGGAACAGUUCGUGAUUGUUUAUUUGUUGCAUCGGUUCACCAUCGUCCAGAAUAA